GCACACUCCAUCUCCCAUUGUCUGCUACUCCGUAUAGCGCAUACAGUGACAACUUUUUGGAUACACUUCUACUACAACAACUUACACAUCGCAGAAAUGUCUACGAUAUUCUCCGGCUCACUACAAGUCAAGAAAAAAGGUGACCUGCAGGAGAUUGCGCAGGCGCUAGGGAUAGACGACAGGGGCACGCGCGAAGUGCUGCAGGAACGGAUUAAGAAACAUUUGGAUGAUAAUAGCGGGGAGCUUGAGGGGGACCCGGCGUUUGCUGGACUAUACACCACUCGCGGUGGGAGGAGGCAGAGAAGUGUGCAGCCUACGCAUACGAGUUCGACGUAUGUUGCGGAGGCGCCGAAGUUUACGCCGAUUGCGGAGGAGAGGGCGAUGACUCCUCCGCCGAGUACGACUAUUGCGGAGAGUAGGGUGUCGUUGUCCCCGAUGGCGUUGGCUUCGCCUGCCAGGAGGUCGCCGAGGAACAUACCGCUCCCGUCGUCUCCGGCGAAGAGUGUUGUGGAGGAGGUGAAGGAGCAACCUGUACCUCAGGCUGCUCUUGGUGUGCAGAGAAACUUUGUGGGGAAUGUUUUGCAGAAGGUGGCUUUUACGCGUGCAUAUUUGUCGAAUAGUCGGAAUAUUUUCGUCUUGUCUACAGCUUUGGAAUUCUUGGCGAUCUUGUAUAACAUACAUGUCAACUCGGUCUUCCCUAUCCCACCGAUAUACACUUCAUCACAGCCUGCGUUGAGCGCGACUGCUUUGGCGACGAUGUAUUGGGGGAUCCCGACUAUCGUACUUCCAGCGAUUAUUGGUUACCUCGUAUCAUUCUCAUCCCCAUCCCCUGCUCCUCCUCACUCUCCCCCCUCUCGAGAGCAAUGGCAAUUCGACGUGUUGAGCGCGGCGAUCAUAAGGGUGGCGGCGAAUUUUGUGAAUGUUUUCCCGAAGAUGGUGUUUGUGGAGAAGAGGGAUGUAGAGGUUGCGAGGAGUUUGGAUGUGCUUGGGGUUAAGUGGAGGGUUGUUAGUUCUGGUGUUGUGCUUGCGUUUGCGUUUGCGGAGGCUGUUGUGAGAAGGGGGUAAGAGGUUUAGAUGCGGAAUUGUUAAGCAAUGUUGUUCGUGUUAAAGAACUUCCUCCUCGUUCCAAAGACGUCUCGUCCUUUUUAUAUUUAAUAUUCUCAUUCUCGUACUGCAAGAUCGCGCUGCCGUCAAUAAUGGUCUACCAUGCCCUAAGCGUUCUUUCCUCCUUGAUUUGGAAAUUAAAGUGUAUAGUAGCUCAUGUUUUGCUGUCGCGGAAUUGCUUCUUUCCUCUCUUUGAUCUUGUUUGUUUGUUUUUUGUUUAUCAUACGAUAGGGUACCUGUAGCGGUUUCUAUCUUAUACAUUCUACACUUCCUACCGUCUGCCGUUUACCGUCCAUUUCCUACCCCUUACAUCCUACCUUCGACUUUUACGUGUUGAUACUUUCUUUCUUUCUUUUCAUUCCUCGAUUUAUCCUCUCUUUCUUUAGUGUUUGAUUGCUUUGUGUGUUAUGUGGUUAUGUGUACAGUAUACGACGCUGCUCGUUCGACGUUGGUCUAGAUACCCUACAUGCGUAUGCGUAUGUAAUACUUAGUAGAUAGGAGAUGGGAGAUGUGGGUUGGUCGUGGAUAUGCU